AUGGUCGCUGCCCACCUAGUUCCUGGUUUAUUGUCGACUCCAUGGCCGGCAGCUGACCAUGGCAGACGCCUGGAUUGUGCGUUUUCUUCUCACCGGCCCCGAUUUAGGGCUACGGUGAGGACCCCGGGAUCAUUCACUUGCGGCAGCACCCGCGGCGGCGGAGGCAGCGGUGAGGACCGGAGUAGGACGGCCGCCGUCACGCCGGAAACAGAAAUGGUCAGUCCGGCAGUGGAUUGCAUAGGGACUGGGUCCAGCGUGGAGUGCCUGGUCUCCGACAGCUCCUCCGCAGCCGAUGAUCUGUUGAAGGCGAAGAACAUCAAGGUUGUCGAUGAAGAGAGCGGCACGGGAGCCGAUUCGGCUUUGGCUCAGGGGAUCGUCGAGUGGGCGGUGCUGGUGUCGCCGUUUUUUUUCUGGGGAACGGCGAUGGUCGCCAUGAAGGAAGUGAUACUCAGGGCCGGCCCAUUCUUCGUUUCUGCGUUCCGGCUGAUACCGGCGGGGUUUAUGCUCAUCGGGUUUGCCGGAAUCAGGGGGAGGAAACAGCCAUCUGGGAACCUCGCAUGGCUAUCUAUCCUUCUCUUCGGCGUGGUUGAUGCCACGUGCUUUCAGGUAUCCUGAUCCAUCACAUUAGCAUGCAUCCGACCUUGCAUUUGUUUCCAUUUAAUUUUUCAUGAGAUCAUAUUACUCGUAUCUAAGUGGAGAUUCUUCUUCUCUUUGUAUGAAAUCGCAGGGUUUUCUCGCAGAGGGUUUGCAGAAGACCUCGGCCGGAUUGGGUAGCGUACGUUCAUAUCCUAUAAUCUGAUGAAUGCCUGGUUCAUAACUCGUUUGAGCUCGAGCUCGUGCCGCCGUUGAAUUAAGUUAUGGAGAGCUUUCUUUCAGACCGACGAACUACGCGUUGAACCUGAAUUUCUUUAUUAAGGGAGAAAUUUAUCUAUAUUUGUUGGCGCAUCAUGACUCAGGAGCACAUGUGAGUGAACCUACGAAUGCAUCUAAUAAUUAAUUUAAAUAGUCUCGUUUAACGCAGUGAAACCGUAGUUACAGGUUUGUUCUAUAUUUGGACAGUCGAGAGUAGUACUCUUGAGCCUCUUAUUUAACUCUUUGAAAUGACCUGAUUAUGUCUGCAAUAUUGAACCAUCAUCACACAUUCUACAAAUCAAGUUGGCCAUUCUCUAUUGGGUACUCCGAGGUAAAAUGAUACUUAUUUAAAUAUAUUUAAUUAAUUUCACCUGAGGAAGAGGAACCAUAAAUGGUUGUCCCUUGGACCAUCCAGAGUGUCCUCUAUUUCUUUGACCUAAGCUUUCCUUGGAAUAUAUGUUUGAUGUAAGUCAAAAUUCCUCUUUUGAAAGAUCUGCUUAAUUGCCUCAGAAAAACACCCUUGCUAACGGUUCUUCAAAAACAAGAUUUUAGUUCUGCAGGAUGCGAGAUGCAAAUUAAAUGAUAAUAUCACCAGUAGAGCAGACUGCGACUUGUUGAGUUGCCAAGAUCGUUUCGCUCCCCGUUAAUUUCCAUUUACGAUCAAUCUUUUUCUAGGUUGUCAUUUCAGAUCCUAAUUUUGUCUUCUUACCUAUUCUUUCCUUUACACUAUAAUUUAACAGCUUGAAGACAGUUCUCUCGUGCAUAACAAGUGUCAAACUUUAAUUAUAUUCGUUUAAUUGUUUGGCUACCCCUCACGGCAUUUCCUUUUUUUUUUAUAAUAUAUGUCUCUCUCACACAGUCUACCUGCGUUUUGGUUACUGCAAUCUACUUACAAUUGUAUAAAUAGGAUUCCUAGAUGUUCCUCGUGGAAUUCUCCUUAUAUCAUCCUAAUGCUCUAGAAUGGCAGCAUAUAUGAUACAUAAUAAAACUGGCAGGAACCAGGAAGGCCCAAAAUAUUUAGCCAUGCGGCUUCUAGUUGAUCCUUUAUUGUGGCUAAUGUUAGUAUAUUCCUCUUUUUUAGGAUCUCCUUUUGUUUUAACAAUUGCUAUUAGUAGUUCUUUUGAUGGGAUCCAGCAAAAGCUCUUCUUUUUUAAAGAUGAAGGAGCAGCGUAAGGGCAUGCUUUUGUCCCCUGAUUCAUUUUUUCUCUCUUCAUUUCACUGUGGGUUGAAGGUUCGAUGACACUCUUUAGCUUCUCCUAGGUUAUCAUAAGUGUGGCAACAUGAUUGGUUGAGUUGAUUAUUUCUCAACCUUCAUUUCACUCUAUGAUUUCACUCAAUAUACGAUCCUUUGUGCUGAAUCUGGGGUGAUAAAACUGGAUCUUCAAUGAGCAAAUUCAUCUAUGCCUUGUUUAGAAAUUCUUUCAGCUUUAAGAGUAUGAAAGAUGUCAGGAUAUUGCCCGCUUUUCACUUCAACCUUUUUUUUCUUAAUGUCCAGGUCAUCAUUGAUUCUCAACCUUUGACGGUUGCAAUACUUGCAGCAUUGCUUUUUGGAGAAUCUAUUGGUCUAGUUGGAGCUGCUGGACUUGCACUUGGUCUUAUCGGGCUCCUGCUUCUUGAGGUUAACCCUCAAAAAAUUUCUUUGAAUUUAUUUGAAUGUGUUCUGAAAAUCUCGAUUUGAGAAAAUCUUGGAUUGCAGGAGCUUAGGAUCCAAAAUCUGAUCAAAGUGAUAACUUCGGGAUGGUAUUCUACUAAAAAUCUGGCCAUUAGUUCGAUUGUCAUCAUGAAUAAGUGCUAGAUUCCAUAGGUAUCUGAGAAGAACCAACCUGUGCCUAUAUGCAGGUCAACUUGCCAUCUAAAUAAUUGAAAAAUCAAUUCAACACUAGGAACUUCUUUGGUUGGUCAAUUAGGUCCACUAUAUUAAUCACUUUGUUAGAAUAAAAGGGAAAUAUUCAACUAGGUCUCAUUGUGAAGUCUCCCCUCUCCUCUCUAUAUAAAUAUGUAAGGAGUGGGCCUACAAAUUGGUGAUCGGCCCCACCAUACAGGAUGAUAAUGAGACCUAUUACAUUUAUAUUUUUACAUACUCUCUAACACCACUGAAGCUCUGGUUAUGACAAUUUUAGUAUUGAAUUAUGCUUCACAGGUCCAGAUAUUUCAGGAAAUUUUUGAUCCCAUAUUCUUAAUGACUCAUUGAUCCAUGAUGAUUAUGGGCCCGAUUACAUUCAUGUUCUAGUGUAUUCUCUGGCUCUACUGAAGGCCUGUUUAUGAUUAUUUGAGAAAUUCAUUGGAUUUCGCUCCACGGGUUCUAGCCUUGUGAGAAAAAAAUUUGAGUUCAUAUUCUAAAUGGCGCUCCAACACACGACUACAUUCAUGUUCUAGUUGACUCUUUGGGACCACGGAAGGCCAGUUUAUGGGUAUUUGUGGAAAUUUUUGGAUUUCGCUUCACAGGUUCCUGCGUUCCAAGAAAAUGGCUUCACUAUUUGGGGGAGUGGAGAGUGGUGGAUGUUCCUUGCGGCGCAAAGCAUGGCGGUUGGCACCGUCAUGGUCCGGUGGGUGUCCAAGUACUCCGACCCCAUCAUGGCGACCGGAUGGGUACGAGAUCACAUUUAUUUAUUUUUAAUAUAAUUUUAUUAUUAUUACGUGAUCAAUAGCUUCCUCCUCCGAUUGAUUUCCAUCUCACCGCUAUGGGGGGGUGGGUUCUUCUGAUCUCAGCACAUGGUCAUCGGCGGUCUCCCUCUUUUGGCCGUCUCUGUACUUAACCAUGAUCCCGCUGUGAGCGGGGGUCUCAAGGAGCUCACUUCCAGUGAUGUUGCAGCCCUCGUCUACACCUCAGUCUUCGGGAGCGCCGUCAGCUAUGGGGUGUAUUUUUAUAACGCCACCAGAGGUCAUUUUUUCUCCCCUUCUUCAUUCUCUCACAGUGACUCACCAUUCAUUAUAAGCUGCAUUGAUGCGAUGUUAGAGUAGAUGAGGAUGCUUUGUGCCAUUAUCCUGGGGAUUUCUUUCGUCAGCUAGCUUGUGAUCAUUCAGAACGUUGACUCUCUCUCUCUCUCUCUCUCUCUAUCUCUCUCUCGCACAAUGAUUCACCAUUGUAAGCUGCAUUAAUGCCAUUUCGGAGUCCUCUAUUUUUAUCUUCUUUACAAAGUUUAGACGAGGAUGCUCUGUGCCAUUAUUCUGGGGAUUUCUUUGGUCAGCUAGCUUGUGACCAUUCAGAACGCUGACUCUCUCUCUCUCUCUCUCUUUGAAUGCAGGUAGUCUGACGAAGCUCAGUUCGCUCACGUUCCUAACUCCGAUGUUUGCUUCGGUUUUUGGGUAAGUGUGAUGCUCCCCCACGUAGUGUUGAAACGCUUAGAAGCGCCAUGAAUCGUUCAGAGUUUCGGUAAACGGGGGAAGAUGGGUGGGACUUCCAGCUUCCGAUCUCUCUGUUCUUGUUUUCUCUGAGCCCGGUGGUUUGUCCCCGCAGAUUCAUAUACCUCGGCGAGACGUUCUCGCCACUACAGCUAGCCGGUGCCCUCGUGACGGUCGUCGGCAUUUACCUGGUCAACUACAAGGAGGCCGGCGAGAAGACGUGA